AUGCCCUCGACACCCACCGUGCCGGGGUCUGACGGGCGCUCUUUGCAGGUGGAGAAAGAUGCGCGCAAUGCCGUGUGCGGCCGGGAUGUUGCCAAGCUAGAAUGGCUCGUGCGCGAACUCCAGAAGGCCCAGUCUUUCAUGCGUGACCAGCUCGAUGGCAUCCCAUCGGACACCAGCGCUCCGCAGUGGCGCACGAUACUGAAGCAGCUCGAGGAGCGUCUGUCGUACGCCUUGGACGACAUCGCGUCCAAUGAGUUGUUCUCAUCGCAACUCGUGAAGCUGACAGCGAGGGCCGAAGAGCAUUGGCUAAAAUGGCGACCUCGGUUCUUCCCCUUUACCGAUGACGAACGGCGGGAAGCUCGUCGAGCGUGCACGGAGAAGGAGUCCGCGGUCGGCAUCAUUCAGAGACCGGGACUCAGACUCAGUGAGAGCUCGGACUCGGAGGAGGAUGACUGGGAGAUGGAUGCUUCGGACAGCGACGAAGAGACCAAGCGCGCACCGAUUUGCAAUCGCUUCACGCUCACUGACGUCGAGAGUGGCGAAGGAAAGUGA